UAGAAACGUAGCGCAUGAAGUAAACGCUGUAACUAGAUUCUGUGAUGGGAUGUUUACUGAGUAUUGAUGAAAAGGAAGCUAUUCAAAGAUCUAAACAGAUAGACGCUUCACUUAAAAGCGAUGGAGAAAAAAUGUCAAAAGUAGCCAAACUGCUGUUGUUAGGUGCUGGCGAGUCUGGAAAAAGCACAAUACUAAAACAGCUGAAGAUUAUUCAUCAGUCUAGCUACACGAGAGAAGAAUGUUUACUCUAUAAACCUGUUGUUUAUAGUAACACCGUACAGAGUAUGAUAGCGAUUAUACGAGCUAUGGGCCACUUGUACAUUAAAUUCGAGGAUGAGAGCAGAAUAAACGACGCCCGAACUUUAUUUUCAUGUGCUAAUGAGGCUGCAGACGGCUAUUUAUCCACCGAAUUAUACCAUGCUCUUUAUCAGCUCUGGAAUGAUGAUGGCGUUCAACAGUGUUUUAGACGUUCAAGAGAAUAUCAACUUAAUGAUUCAGCCUCUUACUUUUUUAAUUCUCUGGAUAGACUGGCUCGACAUGACUACAUUCCGACUGAUCAAGAUGUAUUGAGAACACGCGUGAAGACUACGGGUAUACAGGAAACUCAGUUUUCGUACAAAAACAUUGAAUUCCGGUUAGUGGAUGUCGGUGGACAGAGGUCAGAAAGAAAAAAGUGGAUUCAUUGUUUCCAAGAUGUAACUGCAAUCAUAUUUGUUGUUGCAUUAAGUGAAUACGAUCUUGGUCUGGCUGAAGAUCAAACAACUAAUCGAAUGAUUGAAUCCAUGAAUUUAUUUGAUUCCAUAUGUAAUAAUAGUUGGUUUGUUGAAACCAGUAUGCUGUUAUUUUUGAAUAAACGUGAUUUGUUUGAACAGAAAAUUUAUUAUUCACCACUGACAAUCUGUUUUCCAGAAUACAUAGGUGAAAAUAAUUAUCAAGAAGCUGGAUUAUAUAUUCAGACAAAAUUUGAAGCACUUAAUAGACAGACAACAAAAGAAAUUUAUACACAUUUUACAUGUGCUACAGAUACUACUAAUAUACAAUUUGUUUUCGAUGCUGUAACCGAUGUUAUCAUAAGACGUAAUCUUAAACUAGAUGGACUUUUAUAAAACUUAUACGUAUACAAAUAAAUAUUAAUAUUUUUUGUUAACUUUUGAAAAAUUUUAUCAUUUGGACAUUGUGUGAGUUAUUGGUAUGUAUUAUAUGAAAAUUAGCUUCAUCACGUAAAUUAUGACUUUUGUAGUGACAAUAUUUGGGAUAUAAAUGUCUGUGAUAUAAGAUGAUAUAUUCUUUUCCCGUUACUGUGAAACUUUUCUUUAUACUUUUACAUGCUUUUUUUAAGAUAUACUGUUCAGAUCAUUUUAUUAUGAAUAAAUCUUUUAAAAAAUUUUAUCUUUAUUAUUGAACAAGUUUGGAAUUGUUGUUUUUAUGCGUUAUUUUAUUGUAAAUUUUAAAAUAUAUGUGUAUAUUUUCAACUAUUUUAUUUCAAAUAACUAUUGAAAAAAAGAAACUUUCAAAUUUUAUUUUUCUUCGAAUAUUUGUAAUUCCUUAUAUUUCAUUAGUUUUCUGUUAUAAAUGUAAAUGAAACUGUAUCAUUUAAAGAAAUACUUGCUAAGAUAUAUAAAAUGUAAAAAAAGCAGAAAACCUGAAAACUAAUCACAAUUCUUAUAAAUUCAAUGGGAAUUCGCCCACACGAAUAUUUAUUCAAUGAUUUGUGGUUUUAAAACAUUAUAUGACUUCAGUAAACCACAAAAUGUAUUGUUGAAUGAACUUGUUUUUCU